AUGAGUGGUAGGUUUUGUUUUUAUAUCACUUUUUAUUUUAAAAAUAAUUUUUAUCAAGAAUAAUAUUCAACACGUUUUAUCGUAUAGUUUGGCUCUACAUAAAAAUUUUAUUUACAGAUCAAGAUAUAAAGGUAGUGAAGGAUUUUUGAUUAUUUUGUAAAAAAUUUUACUUUGAGUUAUUUUACGCUGAAAAAUGUCUAAAGAACCUUCGGACAUGUUUUAUCGUAUAACUUUGGUUUUGAAUGAAAAUUUUGAUGACAUUUUUUUAAUUUCAAAACUACUGCUAUUUCACUCAAUUUUUACUUAAUUUUUCAAAAACAUUUUGAUAAAAACAGUCUUGUGUAAUAGGAUGAAAUGUCCUUCUGUGAAAAGUCUCGAACAUGUUUUAUCGUAUAACUUUGUCCGCCGUAAUUUCUUUAAAAUUUUUUUUAGAAUUUUCUGUUUUUGAGGGCUUGUGCCACUUUAUAUUGUUGAUUUGUUGGGAAUUCUAAAGAGUUUUUGACCUAUAACAAAAAAAUUGAAGUAUUUUAAAUUUUUUUUUCGAAAUUUAAAAUUUCAAUUGUGUGCCAUUAUUUAUGUUGACUUUUCUAAAAACACUGUUUCUUUCAUCACUUAGCUUGACUUUUUCACAAAAUUUGAAAUUUUUGAAAUUUUAAUUUUUCUGCCAUUAUUUAUGUUUACUUUUUUACAAACACUGUUUCUCUUAUCACUUUUAUGAUUUAAUACUUUUUGAUAAUGCAAUUGCACCUUUCGAUAAAUGAUCUUAUUCUAGUCAAAUCACGCGAAUUAGUGGAAUGGGCUGCUCCGAUAAGGUUGGUCUGCUGUUCCACCCAGUCCCACGCCCCGAUUCAACGCCGUUUUGGGACGGUGAACAUGGGCGAGUUGAACGAUCUGAAACGGCAUGAGGAGUGGGACAGGGAAACGUUGGUGGAGGAGCAUGUUGAGAAGGACGCCAUUUACUAUGCACUGGGAAGUAAGUUUUGUAAUGAAGAUAGUAAUAUUGAUUUAAAGGUUAUUCGUUGUAGAGGAGUUUUGUUAUAGAAGAGAUUUUUAUAAAGAAGUUACGUUAUAAAGAGGUUUGUAAUAGAGAAGUUAAGUUAUAGAGGAAUUACGUUACAGACGAUAUUAUUAUAGAAGAGUUUGUUAUUAAGUUGUUCACAUAAUUCUGUGCCCCCGUAUCCCACAAAUUAGCUUUGAGAAGGGGCGCAGAAUUAAGUGAACAACCUAUAUAAAAUGUUCUGUUCUAUUAAGGGUUCGUUAUAGAGGGGUUAGAUACAGAAGAGGUUGUUAUAUAAGGUGCCGACAUAAAGAACCCGCCAUUUUUUGCAGAAAAUUACAGGAAAAGUAUGGCGGGUUCUUUAUGUCGGCACCUAAUAAAUAGAAAAGUUCAUUAUAAUAGAGUUUGUUUUACAUGAGUUUUCACUGUAUUGUAGUAAAGUAAGUGGGUUCUAUAGGGUAAGGUAGGCCUGUAAAGGAAGCAGGCUGGGUUCAAUUUGUCAACACGCCCGGCUUUUUUCAAAGUUGUUUGAGCAAUGGUAAGGUUGGGUAGGGUAAGGUGUUUUUUCUUGGCUUUGGCUCGGUUCGGGGGCUGAACAUAGUGGACCCUCUAAUAGGUAGGGUAGGGUAGGGUAGGGUAGGGUAGGGUAGGGUAGGGUAGGGUAGGGUAGGGUAGGGUGGGGUAGGGUAGGGUAUAAAUUUUUCUAUUUUUAGUUGGAGCCCGCCGAUUCAAAGAACUUCAUCUGAUCUAUGAAAAACACCCCAACUUCCAAGUGUUCCCAACGUUCUGUGCUAGUUCUUCCUUAUCAGCGUUGGACUUGGAGAAUUGCCCUGGAAUUGGUUAUGAUUUGAAGAGAACUCUUCAUGGAGAACAAUAUGUUCAAGUCUUCAAACCUUUACCUAAAAAUGGAUCGAUUCGAACUGAAGCCAGGAUUGUGGAUAUGUUACAGAGGGGACGACAUAUGGCUAUCUUGUGUGAAGGUGAGUGUUUUUAUAAGCCUAGGCUUAAAAAGCUUACUAAUUCUACGCCUAAUAAGCAAAAGCCGACUAAGCCUAAGCCUACUAAGCCUAAGCCUACUAAGUCUAAACAUACUAAGCUUAAGCCUACUAAGCCCAAGCCUCCUAAGCCUUCUAAACCUAAGCCUAUUAAGCCUAAUCCUACUAAUCCUAAGCCUACUGAGCCUAAGCCUAAGCACACUAAGCUUAAGCUUACUAAUUUUAAACCCACAAACCUUAAGCCUAAUGAAACUAAGACUACUAAGACUAUUAAGCCUAAGCUUACUAAGUAUAAGCCUACUAGAGCUGCUUGAUCCUAGUAAGCCUGGACCUACUAAGCUCUUAUUUUUAGGCCUACUAAGCCCACGCUUAACCCUAUCAGGCCUUAGGGCAAUGUUUGACGUUUAUAAUAAUAAAUCUUCUUAUAGACCUAGACCUAGAAAUAUUAAGUGUUUAUUAAUAAUAAGCCUAAAAAUCAAUUUUUCAGCCACAUGCUACGACAACAAGUCCGAUGAAAAGCUGGCGUAUCUUCAGUUUUUGAUUUGGCAAUUGAACCACUACAACACGAAAGGCCUUCGCUGGUCGAAUGAAGUCAUCGAAACCAUUCAAAGACCGGAUACUGAACCGAAGAAGGUCAUCGAAGAGGAAUUGGAUGAUGAUUUGGUAGGACAUUUUAAGCCUAAUUUUGUUAAGCCUAAACUUAUAAUUUUCUUUGUUUAAGCCUGCAUUUUUGCUUGAUUUUACUAAGCCGAAGCCCAAGUUUAAGCUUAAUUUUAAUAAGCCUGAACCUAAGAUCUCUUAUUUAAACGUAAAACUAAGCCUAACCUUACUAAGACCAACUUUAAGCCUAAUUUUACUAAGCCAUGACUUAAGUAUAAGCUUGCUAUGUAUAAAUUUAAGUCUAAAUUUACUAAACCCAAACCUAAGCUUAAUUUUAUUAAACAUAUUCUAAGCCUAAGCUUGACAAGUUUAAAUUUAAGCCUAGUUUUAAAAAGCCCAAGCAACUAAGUCUACUAAGUCUAAACCUACUAAGCCUAAGCCAACUAAGGCUAAACCUACUAAGCCUAAGCCAACUAAGGCUAAACCUACUAAGCCUAAGCCAACUAAGGCUAAACCUACUAAGCCUAAGCCAACUAAGGCUAAACCUACUAAGCCUAAGCCUACUAAGGCUAAACCUACUAAGCUUAAGCCUACUAAGCCUAAGCCUACUAGACUUUCUAAACCUAAACCUAACAGUUUCAAUCCUAAAAAUCAAAUCUUUUCAGCCAUCAAUCUACCGUCAAGCUUCUGGCGACCUGAAUCCCCUCCACAUUGAUCCAGAAUUCUCGAAAAACCUCGGCCUUCAAGAACCAAUCAUGCACGGCUUCUGCACCUUGGGCGUGGUAACAAGAAUGAUCCUGAACGAAUACGCUGACAAGGAUUAUACCAAGUUCAAAGCCAUCAAAGUCAAAUUCAGCGCACCGGUAACGCCUGGAGCUCAUUUGGCUGUGAGCACGUGGAGAGGAGUCGAGUAUGGGCGGAUUCUUUUCGAGGCUAAGGUGAGGGAUUUGUUUUUUUAUUCAAUGCAGAUUUGUAAGGUGGGGAGGUUAGAGGGAGGGGGGGGUGGGAGCGUGGUGAAUUAGGAGACUAGAAGACCAGAAAAUUUUUAAGGCUACGGAAGAGUAAAAUGUACAGUAAUUUAUGGAAGGAGUCAUUAUCUAUUUUUUUUAUUAAGGAAGGGUAUUUGAAAGCAUUUUUGCUUGGGCAGGGUAAAAAAAAAUUAUUUUUAAGGGGUGUUUUUGAAGAAAAAUUUUGAGGACUAGGACAGGGUAAAAAGGUACAGCACGUUAGAGUAGGGGCUUUUCUGUAACUUUUUUAUAUUAAGUAAGGGUGUUUAAAAACUUUUUUGUUUGGGCGGGGUAAAAUUUUUUUUUAUUUUCGGGGGUGAUUUUGAAAUUUGUGGAAAAAUUAAUAUUAAUAUAUCCUACCAUACGCUAAUCUACCAUUUCUUUUGAUAUUAUGACUUACCUUACAUCCCUACUUCACCCUACCCUACUUUACCCUGCCCUACCCUUUAAACCAUACCCAUAAUAAUGAUUAUUACUACUAAUCUUACACUUUCAGGACUUAAAGACCAACACUGUGGUCCUUGCUGAUGCCUAUUUGGAUUUGAAACCAUAA